CUUUUGUACAAAACGCGAAACGCACAAAUUCUUCAACCUCAUAUCACUCUUCUUCCCAAAUCGAAAGACCCUUUACUUUCUCAAAACCCUAGAUACAACAAAAAUGGGAAGCCGACAGGCCGAGAAGCUUAUGAACCAGAUCAUGGAGCUCAAAUUCACGGCCAAGAGCCUCCAACGUCAAGCAAGAAAAUGCGAAAAAGAUGAGAAAUCCGAAAAACUCAAAGUAAAAAAGGCAAUAGAAAAAGGUAACAUGGACGGAGCUCGGAUUUACGCCGAAAACGCCAUUCGUAAACGCAACGAGCAGAUGAAUUACCUUCGUUUAUCCUCCCGAUUGGAUGCUGUCGUUGCCAGGCUUGAUACUCAGGCGAAAAUGACCACGAUCAGUAAAUCCAUGUCGGGGAUCGUCAAGUCCUUGGAGUCAACGCUAGCUACAGGGAACUUACAGAAGAUGUCGGAAACGAUGGAUCAGUUCGAGAAACAGUUUGUGAAUAUGGAGGUGCAGGCUGAGUUUAUGGAGAGUUCGAUGGCUGGAAGUACUUCGCUUUCGACUCCGGAAGGGGAGGUUAAUAGCUUGAUGCACCAAGUGGCUGAUGAUUAUGGUCUUGAGGUGUCGGUUGGAUUGCCUCAGGCGGCUGGUCAUGCUGUGCCGGUGAAGAAUACAGAAAAGGUCGACGAGGAUGAUCUAUCCCGGCGUCUUGCGGAUCUCAAAGCUCGUGGGUAAUUAUCUAUAUUUCAACCAUACGUUCCGAUGGAUCUUCUGCGAGGUAAUCAUCCAGAAUCAUGAUGUUAUGUAAAUUUGAGUAUAUUACUUAUUAUCUUCAAUAUUAUAAGUGUAUGUCCUUUACAGUUUAGAACUUUCAAAUCCUUAUGAUCUUGUUGUCCAUGUUCUUGAAUUGGUACAUCUGAAGUUGAUGUAUUUGAGUUUGACACUGAAUUCGAAUUUGGAACUCAUAUUAUGGCUAGUUAUCUUUCA